UUUUUUUAGGCCUUGUCCUGCUCUUCCCCUUCAAUUAAUUGAUUUCCGGAGUUAUAAACCCUAGAUCUGGGGAUAAUCGAUCAGCAAGCGAAGCCCAUCGUGUUGCCAUCUUCAAUCGAAUCAAAGAACGGUGAUGGCUCAAAAAAUUGGUGUUUUGUUUCUGUUUAUAUUGGCUGUCAGCUACUUUGAUGUUGAUGCAAGGGGUUUAUUGGCCUCUGAUAUUACAGAGUAUAAUAUCCAUGGAAGUGAAAAUAAGCUCUCUGAGGCUGUUGGAAAUCAUUAUCAGUUAUGCACAUUAUGUGAAGAGUUUACAGCAGAGGCUACCAUUUUUCUUGCCGAAAACAAGACCCAGACAGAGAUAAUUGCCUAUUUUCAGAAGGCAUGUUCCAGACUGCCAUCCCUUGAGCAGCAGUGCAUUAUAUUGGUGGACUUCUAUGGAUCUCUUUUCUUUCAUGAGAUCUCCAUAAUACGCCCUGCAGUGUUCUGCCAAAAGGUUGAUCUGUGUGAGAAACAAUCUGUUGUUCUAUCCAAGAGCAAUAAUACCUGCAAUCUUUGUCGUCAAGUUGUUGAUGAGGUGCUCAGCAGACUAAAAGAUCCAGACACACAGUUUGAGAUCAUCCAUUUUCUUCUCAAAGAAUGCAACAAGGUAGAGAAUCAUGUGCAAGAGUGCAAAAGGAUCGUCCUGCAGUACGGUCCAUUAAUACUAGUAAACGGCGAGAAAUUCCUCGAGACAAAUGACAUUUGUUCUACCAUUCAUGCUUGCGAACCGAGCAAGGUUGAAGCUGUUGGAUCGACACAAGGCGCCGAAACUCUGUUGGCUGAUGCUUGAAGCAAUGGAAGUCGAGAAAUUUGGUGGGGAUUGAAUGUGGAGGUUGAAGGAGUUGCUUGUAAGAAUGUCAUUGCUGCAAAAUAACAUCUUUUACCACUUUGUUCUUUUGUUUAUAAAUUUAUAUUUCUUAUUAGUUAUCAUGUAAAUUUAAGUUCUGGUCUUCUUGUUGAAUUGGGAUUUCAAAGUUCAUGCUUGGAAAAAUUGGAAAAAAUAUAUCUAGAGUUUAAGAA